GGGACAUUGACUACAGCAGCGUACUGCUUGGCAUGUUGGUGAUGCAGGAUGUGCAGCUUGGUUUAUUUAUAGCUGUCAUGCCUACGCUUAUUCAAGCAGGAGUGAGCACCUAUUCCAGCAUUUUUAAGGAAAUACUGAGAAUACUGAUACUGAUUGGCCAAAUUCUCUUUUCUCUGGCUGCUGUUUUUCUUAUAUGUCUUGUUAUAAAGACUUAUCUCAUGGGACCAUAUUAUCGCAAGUUGCACGCAGAGAGCAAAGGGAAUAAAGAAAUCCUCAUUCUAGGAAUAACUGCAUUCAUCUUCCUUAUGUUAACGAUCACAGAGCUGUUGGAUGUUUCAAUGGAGCUGGGAUGCUUCUUAGCCGGAGCUCUGAUCUCUUCUCAGGGUCACAUGGUUACUGAGGAGAUUAUGUCGUGUAUUGAACCAAUACGUGACUUUCUUGCCAUCAUUUUCUUUGCAUCCAUAGGACUUCAUGUUUUCCCCACAUUUGUAAUAUAUGAACUCACAGUCUUACUAUUCCUUACAUUGUCUGUGGUCAUAAUGAAGUUUGUCUUGGCAGUGCUUGUCCUUUCUCUGAUUCUUCCAAAAACCAGCCAGUAUAUCAAGUGGAUUGUCUCAGCAGGACUGGCACAAGUCAGUGAAUUCUCUUUUGUUCUGGGAAGCAGAGCACGCAGAGCAGGGAUCAUAUCUCGGGAGGUCUAUCUUCUUAUUCUGAGUGUGACUACUCUAAGCCUUUUACUUGCCCCUGCCCUGUGGAGAGCUGCGAUUAUGAAAUGUGUUCCAAGACCUGAAAGACGCUCAAGUACUUGAUUAAGAUUUGCACAUAUACAAGAAUGCAUCUUCUUGCAAGGAAUAUCUUCAUUGCUCAUUGUAUUUCUAUGCACUCAGAAAACAAGAGGUUUUGAGUAGUCAGUCCUCUUAACGUGCACUUGGUUAUAAGCCUUAUACUGACCUUAAAACAAACAAACAAAAUAAACCUUAAAAAAUAACUAUAUUAUUUGAAUUGCACACCUUUUACAAAAUUUACUUUCUCUCUGGCAGAUUAGAAUCUGCCAGAAUAUUUGUUCCUGAUCCAAUCAAUUAUUCAGAGCAUAAAUUAUUUUUUUUAAAUAUAGCAUCAUGCAAACU